AUGACAGCGUUGCCACAUCUUUUGUCCUCUUCCACGGAUGAGCUGCGCUGCCAAUUGAAAGGUGUUCGUGCUGAGCCUGGUUCAUUGGUGGCAUUUCGCGACGCCCCUGCGUUUGAGAUGGUAAUGCGUCUUAACCAACGCCACAGGGGAAAGCUUGUUGCUGCCGUAUUAACAAAGAAUGACGCCAGUGAUGAGUUGGGAUGUAGUCCUGCUGUUCAGAGAACCAAAAAGGAGAGGAAGUGUGAUGUGUUUGGAAGCGCCAAUGUCUCUGAGGAGAAGCGAAUGGUUUUUGUUCCGGAAGCAUAUGAGGUGCUUUUGGAAAAUGAGAUGCAGAAGUGGUUGGAUCCGUUUCGGGGUUGUGGGGAGGCCAAUAAGCGAAAGAGGGUACGUGACGAUAAAAAUGGCUACGAUACCGACGAUGAUGGCAUUAUGGAGGACAAUUUGGAUGACAGGAUGGAUUACAGUUCGUCGUCCUCCAGUUAA